AUGGUCUUGGAAGCCGGCUACCCCAACACGACGGGUUUCCGCAAAGUCACCAAAGUCACCAUACUUGUGAAGAAGAAACCGGGCAUGAGCGACGAGGAUUUCAUCGAGCAUUAUAAUCACAAACAUGCACAAAUGGCUGCGGAUGUUUUGAUUAAGCAUAAGAUCAUAACGUAUAGUCUUACGUACUGCUUAUCGCGCGACCGAAAAAUUAUGGCGGACAUGCUACAUGGAAAAGCUGCCAUGGCGGAUUACGAUGCGAUUUGCACGUUUGUGUUUCGGGAUUUUAAGGAUUGGGCCAAGUUCAUGUAUGAUCCUGCGAGUAAGGCGUUGAGUCCGGAUCAUGAGAAUUUUAUGGUAGAAGGGGAGAUGAGGAUGUUGGUGGGGGACGAGUAUAUGGUUAUUGAGGAUGGGAAGAAGGUGGACAAGGAGUGA